ACUUAAAAAGUGAUAUUCCUGGUUGGGUCCGCCCUCUGCUGGAAGAAACGGCAACAGUUAGGACCAACGGUUGAACUGCAACGUCGCCAAAAAUAGAACACCACAGUGACAGACAGGACACCAAUAAAUUCCAGGAUUAGUACACCACUCAAGCGAACUACACUAAAAAAGACUACACUACCCACAGCCAGUCGCCUUCCUCUCAAAUGCACAUGCGCAGUCGCUCGUUCUACUCUGGACAGCUGUAGGAGAAAAUGGCAGCACACAUGCUAGGGCAGCAGGUCCGUCAAUUCAGCACGUCUGUGGUCAGACCUGUUUCAAAACUGGUCAAGCCUCCCAUCCAGGUUUAUGGAGUGGAGGGCCGCUAUGCCACCGCUCUGUUCUCAGCUGCCAGCAAGCAGAAGAAACUGGACCAAGUGGAGCAGGAGCUUGGAAAAGUCUCCACCCUGAUCAAGGACCCCAAGCUCGCCAGUAUUGUAAUGAAUCCCCAUGUAAAGCGCAGCAUCAAGCAGAAGACUUUUGGUGACGCUCUUACAAAGGCUAAGGUUUCACCCAUGACCAUCAACCUCAUCAAUGUUUUGGCUGAUAAUGGUCGUCUUCCCCUUACUGGUGAUGUUAUCACUGCUUUUGGCAAGAUGAUGAGUGCACACCGUGGAGAGGUCCUGUGCUCUGUCACUACUGCUCAGCCUUUGGAUGCAGCUAACCUUUCUGAGCUGAAAGUAGCUCUCAAUGGCUUCCUUCAGAAGGGUGAAACUAUCAAGCUGGAAACAAAGUCGGAUCCUUCAAUCCUGGGUGGCAUGAUCGUCAGUAUCGGAGACAAGUACGUGGACAUGUCCACCAAAACAAAGAUCCAGAAGCUGACCAAGCUCAUCAAGGAAACUUAAGUCCUAUGGACUUAAUUUUUUGCAAAAGAUUGGAGGCGACCAACGCUGAUAAAUGUAUAUUGCUACCUGUUCCAGCACUGCAGGUGCUCCAUAAAUCCAGUGUCUGUGCUUAAGUUCAUAUGGAUGUUAAUAAAAAUUACAAAAACUGA